GCUGCGGAUCGCCAGUCAGCACUUUCUGUUCUUAUAACCAUCUGCUUACGCGGCUCUAUUUUUGAAGAGAUCUGCUUCUGGUCUGCUUCUUCAAGCCUCUGUCAUCUUUUUCCCCGGCUCCUGUGCCAGGAAUCAAGACCUCACGGUAUAAUUGAGAGUGCUCGGCACUUGGUCCUCGGAUCUUCCUCGUUCCGGGUGGCCGUCUCCUCCUCUCCUUUUCACCACUUCAACCUCUCUCUCACCUUGAUUUUUCCUCAUACAACAUGGACAAGGCGGAAAAAUUGCUGCACUCAUCUUCACAUCCUUCGCUGUCGCCGUCGUCGUCGCUCAGACGCAGUCAAUCGAAAGUGCGCCAGAAACUGCAGGAUUUCAAAGAGAAGCAGCGACGCAGGCACAAUCGGAUCAAACGCAAAGCGUCCACUGCCUCUGAUGCGAUCAUGACCAGCUCGUCACGGCCAGCUAGCGAUGAAAGACGCGCGAGUAUUGCCUCGGAUUACAGUUUUGACGAGGCCUCCUGGAGUGGAAGUGAAUACGACUCAUCAUCCGAGGACGAACAAAUCGGAUCGAUAGCACAACAGGUCUCUCCUACCGGGUCACUUCCUGCCAAUCUCGACCUCGCUGGCCGACCUGCUGAUCAAAAAUCAACCUCUGCGGCCUCGUCAUCUGUCGCGCUAGGUCGAGGACCAGGCAUUGACAGAGUGAGGACUCUCCAAAGCAAUCUACAAGGAAACUCAGCUGCGAUCACCGGUCCAUCAUUCUUGACCUCUGUCUUCUCGGCUGCCCAAACUGCAGCAAACACUCUCUCCACUCUCACCACCGGCGUCACAAACUCGAUGGCCCGCGGCAUAGACUCUCCCCUUGCUUCUACUGAGAACUCGCCAAUGACUACCCCAAACCUGUCCUCUGAUUUUCCCCAUGGUAGGCCCAGAGCUGAGACCGAGCCGAUUCCUCGCAAAUCCGCAGAAUUUGACGAUUCCACGCCAUCGGUAGCGCGAACGGUAGCAACUAUUGGAUCUGGUCAUCUGACUCUCGAGAGCAUCGUCGAAGGCCAAGGAUCAAAUGAAAACGGAGCUCCAGGUAGCAUCGCUGGCGGCUACUCCUUGAACGACGAGAACGUGCAGUCAGAAGCCCACGAGUCCGGCGCUGCAACCCCUGCAAAUCCCGCGUUUGGCGAAAGCACGACGAACCUCGCUAACACCGAGCGCUCAAACUCAAAGCGCAACUCCAUGACUCGGCGACGAGGGUCCACUGCUAGCCAGAUGCCUACACCGACUGGACUAUCAAGUAUUGCGCCCCAGAUCUCUCAGCAGCCGCGAGUGACUGGCUUUGCUGUCGCAAAUAAGAAGCGCAACAGAGAGUUUCACCAGCUCUUUCGAUCGGUGCCUGAAGAUGACUAUCUGAUUGAGGACUACGGAUGUGCCUUGAGUCGAGAAAUUCUACUUCAAGGUCGUCUAUAUAUCUCUGAGCAGCAUAUUUGCUUCAACUCGAAUAUCUUUGGCUGGGUCACGAAUCUCGUGAUUUCAUUUGAUGAAGUGGUGGCGAUCGAAAAGAAGACCACGGCAGGACUGUUUCCUAACGCGAUUGUUGUCCAGACUCUGCAUGCGCGCAACGUGUUUGCCAGUUUCAUCUCCCGAGAUAGUACCUACGAACUCAUGUGCUCGAUCUGGCAUAACGGCGAAUUGCCAAGCGGAACACCGUCCGGAUCUUCUGACGAGGAGUCGGACAGCGAGCGGGAAGAAGCAGACGGCGAACGAGGUGGUGACGGAAGCGAUGCAGACGGAGAUGGAAACUCGGGUGAUGGAGAUGGUGAUGGAAAGGGAAAUGGCGAUGGGUUAGACGAAAAGCAGUUGGAAUUAAUUGGUCCUCUGAAACACGCUCCUACUACCUGUGGAUGUCCGCCGAACGAGCAUUAUGAGAAGAUUGUCUGUGACGAAAAGUUCAAUGUUCCGGUAGGUCGGUUAUGCACUCUGCUGUGGGGUGAUGACUCGACUUGGAUGAUGAACUACACCACAAACACUCUCAAGAACUUUGAUAUGACAAAGCCUACACCGUUUGAGCCCGACGCACAAGGUCACAGAGCGCGAACGUUUAGCUACAUCAAGCCUUUGAACGCCAGUAUCGGUCCCAAGCAGACAAAAUGCCUGACGACCGAGACGCUAACGUUCUGGGACUUCAACGAUCACGUCACAGUCGUCGUCUCGACCGAGACACCGGAUGUUCCGAACGGAAACCUGUUUGUGACAAAGACAAAGUAUUGCAUAACAUGGGCCGAGAACAAUACCACGCGAAUGCUGAUUAUGUGCACUGUUGAAUGGAGCGGUAAGAGUUGGAUCAAGGGACCGAUUGAGAAGGGUGCGAACGAGGGACAGGCGCAGUCGGCGAAGGACCUGGUGGCGGCGCUGAAUCACGAGUUCCAGCCCAAGGCAACGACGAAGAGCAAGAAGAAGAAACAAAAGAGCAAAGGAACGAAGAAGUCGGAGCCGGUCAAGCAAAUCCGGCAGCCGGUACACGAGACGGAGAAGAAGUUUGACGGAACGUACAUCACGUAUAUUGUCAUCGGCCUGCUCGUCCUCGUUCUGAUUCAGUCAACGUACCUAAUCUUCGGUGGCCGCGGCAGCAGCCGGUCGAGAUCCAACGCGGUGAAGAAAUGGGACGCGUUAUGGGACAUCGAGGAGCAGUAUCUAUGGGACUGGAUCGAGGACCGGACGCAGUGGGUUGGUGCGAAAGACGGGGUUACGCACGCAAAAGAUGUGAAACCGCGGGGAUGGCUUAGCAGACAUGAGGUUGAGGAGGCGAUUGCGAUUACGCAGCAGCGUCUGGAUUUCUUGCGCUCGAAGCUUCAUAUUGAGGAGGCGCUUGUCGAGUAGUUUGUGUAGGAAUAUUAUCUGCUGUUAAAGUGUUCUGGAAUUAGUAGGAUGCCGGAAGUACAAGUUUGGCGAUAGAUUAGAUUCGAGAUGAUUGUCAAUCUACCAGGAACACGCGUGAACACCAAUUGACCUUCAAUGCAUCUUUUAUAUCUAACUACGAUAAAAAGCAGCAUCCAAUAUGUGAUAACAGGAUUAUUCGUCGAAACUGACGCAAUCGCCGAAGUUUUGUUUAU